AUAUGGUGGUCGUCAGCUAGCCUGCUAGCCAUUUUCGGCUGUUUAUUAUCAUGGCAAAAUGUCCAGUAAAAAGUGAUAUUUUGUAAGUCGAUGAAGGAGGAUGUGGCGGGGAUGUGGCUAAAUAAUGGGAAACGUUUUUGGGAGAAAGAGUCGACCUUCUCGUGUAACGGAACAAGACAAAGCCAUUUUGCAACUGAAGCAGCAGAGAGAUAAGCUGAAGCAGUACCAAAAGAGAAUCACCUUACAGCUGGAGAAGGAGCGACUUCUGGCAAAACAGUUGCUAAAGGAUGGCAGGAAAGAAAAAGCACUGCUGCUUCUUAAGAAAAAGCGUUAUCAGGAUCAGCUACUAGAGAAGACAGAAAAUCAGAUUUCAAACUUGGAGCGUAUGGUUCAAGAUAUUGAGUUCAUGCAAAUUGAGAUGAAAGUCAUCGAAGGGCUUAAGGUUGGGAAUGACUGUCUGAAGAGUAUGCACGAGAUCAUGUCAAUAGAAGAUGUGGAGAGAAUCCUGGAUGAGACCCAGGAAUCAAUUGAGUAUCAAAGGCAAAUAGAUGAAAUGCUGGUUGGAGCCCUGACGCAGGAGGAUGAGGACGCCGUUUUAGCAGAGCUGGAAGCUAUCACUCAGGGAGAAGAUGUAGCACUUCCAGAGGUCCCCACUGAGCCAAUACCAGAAGUCCCAGAAGCAGCUAAAGCUGAACCAGAGAAGAGACAAGCAAAGGACAAGUCAGACAGAGAGAUGCUGGCAGCCUAACUGGUGGUUGAUAUCCAGUGUUGAACUCCAAAUAAAAUGAUUAGGCUGUCUUUGUUCUGACAGGUAUUUGGUUAAUUUCAGUAUUUCAUCUUUAAUUCUUUGCAGCUGAAGGUGGGACCUGCAGACAUGCGUGUACCUUAGCGCAUUUUACAGGAUCAGCUCUGUGUCUGGGCUUUGGUUCACUGCUCCGCUGAAGUAUCUGCAUAAAGGAAGUGUUAUGCUAUGUUCCUCCAUGUCUGACUUGUAUUAGCAAAACAAUGUCACAUUGUAACUGUGCUAGUUAAGGCCUAACUGAAUUACAGGACUAAUUUUUAGAUGUUUUACACAUUACAUUUGGUUGUUUUACAUAUUAAAUUGAGCUGU